ACUGGAAAGGCUAAAGUUCAGUGCAUUGAUGGUAUGUUGGAGAUACAGGGGAAAAUACAGACUGCAUUGUCUGGAAAGAAGAAAGCCACUCUGCUGUAUGAAAAAUUGCCAGAGCUGAAAAUGUACCUAGACCAUGCUUAUACCGAUGAGAUGAUGCUGUCUGAGGAUGCACGCAUAGAGACUGUCCUUGCAGAAGCAGAGUUCCUGGAACAGCAGUCAGCCCUACUGCAGAAGCUGUCAGAAAACCAAACGCACAUCAAUAGUGAACAUAUACAAGCGGUUCCCAAACUUGCUGACAAGUUGCAGACAUUGAGCAGGUUACAGAUUGACCAGCAGGACGAAGCUGCUCACCUCACAGAUGAGACUCGCCGACUGUUGAGUGCUUACAACAAUAUUGUGACUCUCUUAUCCAAGCAGUUUUUGAUGUGGGAUGAACAACUGACUCAGCUGGAAGUACAAGCUGCCAUUAAAAAAUGA